CACCGACUCCAGGAGGAGGUCGCCACUAGCAAUCUCUUCCUGCAAGACUCUUACCGUGUUGUUUAACCUGAAACCGAAGUCUUGUAUCCGUACAUUCGCUUCAUGUGGUAAACGGAGAGGAACGUUAGCUGCUUCAAGAUGUUCUCUUUCACACUCAGAAGAAGCAGCUUUGCAACCCAUAAGUUGUUGCAUUGGUCAUGUCCUCCACAAAGACUCUGGACAUCAACGCUUAACGUAUCUUCACACAGUGGAGCAUUCUCAUCAUACAGGCUACCAUCUUCAGAAACAGCAUGUGGCCAUGUGAACUCUUCCAGUUUGCUGGGUUUCAGGACUGAGCUCUUUCGAAAAGUACAGACAAACAGUGUUUCACAUUGGAUUAGAAAUGAAUGUUUCCAUUCCUCUGCUGUGAGACUAAAGAAGCGAGCAAAGCCUGAACCUCCUCCAAGAGAACUGGAUCUACUGCGCUAUGACCUCAAGAACAUUUGGGAGAGUCCCAAACCAGCCCUCUACCUGGGCUUUGCUGGGCUGAUUCCUUUUGUGGGUCCCUCUCUCUUCAUGGCUGUGACAGAGAACUACUACCCGGAGCUGGCUUACGCCCAGUUAGCCUAUGCUGCUUCCAUCGUUUCUUUUCUGGGUGGAGCUAGAUGGGGAUUUGCACUCCCUGAAAGCAGCCCGGCCAGUCCUGACUGGAUUAACCUGGCCAACAGUGUGGUUCCUUCUCUGUUAGCCUGCAUGACCAUGCUAAUAAGCGACAACAUAACCCCUGCAAUAAUUAUGGUCAUCAUGGGACUUGGAAUCUCACUACAUUAUGAUCUGGCUCUGCUACCCACUUAUCCCAGCUGGUUCAAAGCCUUGCGCUCCGUCCUCACAGUGGUUGCAACUUUUUCUCUUGUUGGUACACUAUUACUGAGCGGAAGCUUCCCCGAAAAGAAAUUGUUUGGAGCCUAAAAUUAUUUGAGUGGUCAAGAUAGUUUUUUUUUUUUUUUUAUGAUGCAUAUUCAUUUGGGUUUCCUGAAAAAGGGUUUUCUUCUGCUUUCUGCUGCUUAUUUGGAGCUUUGAAGUUGAAUGCUCUUGUCAUCAUGUUUUCUGUGAUAUCCUGACAUGAAUCAUCUUUUAAAUAAGGAAAACAUUAGGAAUAGUCUUAUGCCAAUAUUUCUUUAAAGAAAUUGCCCCUCCAUUUUGUUCGUCAUUUUUCGUAAUUUAUCUAUGUCUUCCACAGAACCCGUAGUCACUCAGUAUGUUCUUUUGCUGUUCAGUUUUCACUGCAUUGUAUGAAAAAUAGAAAUAUUGAAAAUUCAGGAUAACAUAUGGCCUCAUAUAUGAUUGUAUCCGUUGUCAAAAUAAAUAAUUUACACUCGUGCCAUGUAUAGCUACAAACAAUAUUUAUUUAUUGUUAAAAGAUUGACUGAAAACCAAACCAGGUAAUGACUUUGUUGCCAUGAAUCCACUCAGUGAAGUUGUACUAUUGUGAAUUGACACUACUUAAUGGAAAAAAUGUUGGACUUUAUCAUAUUCUUGCAACUUUAGGAAGAGAAGCACACGAUAACAUUUAUAACCAGUCUGUUUUGCUCUCAUCUAGUCCUUCAUGAAUUCCCAGUCAAAUUCUUUUGAAAGGUUUGUGAAGUGUUGAAAAGAGUACAAAGACCAAUAUCAACACCCUGAUUAUUUUAAACAUAACCUGGUACACUGAAGUAUGAGGAAGUUUUUUUCUUUCCACAAGUGAUAAAAAAAGUCACCUGAAAUGCAUCCCAUGUGUCACAUGCAGAAAUUUCAAUUAGUUGCAUUGUGAUAUUACACUAUAUGCCAUCUUCAUCCCAUACACGAGCACUCUACUGCCCACAGGUUAUUUUCACCUUCUGGUUGUUCCUGACAAACCAGGAGAAUGUGAUCUGUAAAUAAUGAAUCAAAUGAAAACUAGAUCACAUCAUUGUUAAAAAUGUCAAUGUUUUUGCUGUAUAAUAGAAUAAAAUAUAAAUACUUCAUUAAUAGGACAGGGAACUUUUUUUAUAGCAUUUCUCCACACAGAAUAGAAUACAAUAAUGUUAAACAUUUUUAACAAUAUGCUAACCCUACAAACCCAUGUUUAGAAAAUUGAUAUGAAAUGUGCCAAACAUGGAGGUUACAGUAUGUUUGAACUCAAAAGGAAAGCUUUUAAUUGAGGGACUAAAAUUGAAUCAUAUAUAAUUAAAGAAAAUAAUAAAGAAAAUAAAGAUUGCAGCUCAACUGUAACAAACCUUCUGUUUUUGAAUAAAUUCAGACCUAUUUAC